CGAUGUCCAUGUCCACUGCCCAUAGCAAUUCUGGCGCAAACAUCACUGUUCAGGAGCCUCACACUCUACGCUAUUUGAACCUUGCUGUGUCGACUGAUACGGUUGAGGUGGGAGAACCUUUUCAUGUUUCGUUCAGAGUGAGGCGGAAAGAUGUGAACCAAUUUGGUCACAUGGGGGAUCUGAGCAUUUGUAUUGUGGUCCUUGAUCUUCAUCUUGCAGUGGAAAGGCUUCAACUGGAUCCUAAAAAAGUUGUCUACAGCAGGGCCGUAUCAGGAGAUUAUUUCUGCAGUAGACUUCGGAGGUUUCCUUUUACCACAGGGCGGCGUAAGAUCCUGGUCGACGAUGUGGUCCCAAAGAAAGAGGGAACGCGUGUCCCAAUAAUUGUAUGUUUGGCAAUCCAGGGCAACAUUCUAGGCUAUGAUCAAUGGGUCUUCAUGGAUUCAAUCGAAGUCACCGUGCGCUGUCGCAAAUUUAGGCCACCUGGGAGCGAGAAAGCAAAGAAAAAAAUCCGAGGUGAUCGCAGGGUAUCAGAUGCUUCAGAUUUGCCGAUCAAACAGGAUGACAGUUGUGUGGGUCCGGUGCGUCCUAAGCUGAAGUCCGACAUGCAGACUCAAAGCCAGCAGACAGUUUCAGGGCCAGACCAUCCGACAUGUCCAGGCAGCGAGAGAGCAAAGAAACAAAUCCGAGGUGAUCGCAGGGUAUCAGAUGCUUCAGAUUUGCCGAUCAAACAGGAUGACAGUUGUGUGGGUCCUGUGCCUCCUAAGCUGAAGUUCGACAUGCAGACUCAAAGCCAGCAGACAAUUUCAUUGCCAGACCAUCCGACACGUCCAGACCCACCUGAGGAGGCAUGGUUGUUUGGGGCUAGUACCGGUUUAGGCGUACUCGCAAAGGUUAUCGCGGUGUGUCGCCAUAUAAGUUUAGAUUGA